GACUCUUAAAGAGCAGCCAAAUACGUCAAAAUCAUUUCGAUUCUAAAACUUACCAAGUGUUUGCCAGACUUAGAGAAAGUUUUACUCGUGUAUCAUUUGCACGUUUUAUUUCAUUUGGACUUAUUGGGACUGCUGCCUCGAUUUAUUUGAUUCAAAAAUACAAUUAUUUACAAACUCUGCGAAGUUUUUUUAAUGCUGAGUUACCAUCGAUAAGAGGUGACCUUUUCAAGGAAAGAAAAGAAAUGGAUCUAAUUAAAAGGAUUCUGAACCCGACGUUAGAAAAGUCUACCUAUUAUCUUAUUAUUGGUCCUCAUGGUUGUGGAAAAAGUACUCUAGUUAACUUCGCAGCUAGAACUUUUAAAAAAGGCAUAAUAUAUGUUGAAGCAUCAGAUGAUAUUGAAAAGUUUGGUCAAAAUUUCGCAAAGGCAAUUAAUUAUCCUAAACUUGAUGUUAAUCUUGUCGAAUGGCUGGCGAAUCAAUUAAAUGUGGCGAAGAAAUAUUCAAUUUAUCCAGUACUUAUAAUUGAUGAUAUUGCUAAAAUCGCAAAAAAUGAUCCUAAAGUGGUUGAAAGACUCCAAAAUGUUGCUAAAUCUGCAGCUGAUCAUGGUCUCUAUACUGUGGUAUUCGUAGCGAGUGAUGCAAAUUUAAUUGACAAUUUCAUAACUUUGACUUAUUUAGUUAAUAAUCGCAAUUUUGGUACUCAAAUUGCAAAGAGAAUAUUUGAUCUAUGUGGAGGUCGAAUUGCUCAUAUUAUUGGUGCAGCUACCGAAGUAGAUCAACUUAUAAAUCUACAUAAACGUUUAGGGAAAAGCGUUAGUUAUAAUGAUAACGAAUUCUAUGAAGAAGUUAUUAAAGCAAUUGAACAUACUUAUCAUCGAGUAUGGGAUACUUCUGUUCCUAAGAAUUCGAAACAAUCAGUUCUUCGAUUUUUAUGCAACAACCUGGAUGCAGAAUUUACUAGAGAAGAUAUUGUUGG